AUGAAAGAGAUCAUCGAACAAGAUCGGAUAUCAGAACUACCAGAACAUCUCAGAUGUGAAAUACUCAAUCACCUCUUCACUCAUGAAGCCGCAGCAACUACCAUCCUCUCGAGUUCAUGGAAGAAUUUGUGGUUAACCCUUCCACACUUAAGGUUAGCGGAGUCGUUCUUCGGCAAUUCUAUUAAACACAUCCCUAAGAUCUCGAAUGAACAACUUCUCAAUAGUGUCGAUCACCUACUUACUAGACGGUGUAAGUUCACAUUGGAAGAACUUACACUUCAUAUCCCAACAUUAGAUCUUAAUCUUAUGAUUUACGAUGUCCCAGAAUCACUUACUUGCAUGGUAAAUAACCUUCUUGUUCGUGUAGUUAAUGAAUUCCGAGUCAAAAAGCUUGAUUUUUCAAUUGGUGAAUCUAAUGACUAUUGCUCUGAACCCAAAUUUGAGGGUACACAUUUGCCUAUAUCCUUGGGUUCCUGGAAACAAGAUAAUGUUACUGAGUUGAAAUUGAGGGGAUGUAUGUUUACUUCUUUUGUCGAAACGAGGUGGUGUACUCUAAGGUGUCUAUCUUUGAGAUUUGUGACUAUAAAUCAGAGGGUACUUGAUAGUAUCACUAGUAACUGCUCUGUAUUAGAGUCCCUGAAAUUGGAAUUUAUCUGGGGUGAACAUGGAAUUGAAAUGGAUGUAUUACAUGCCUCUUGUCUCAAAAGACUUGUCACUCUAUGCAUUGUUGUGGCACAAAAGAAUCUUUUCAAGAAGAUUGAGUUAGAUAACCCCAAGCUGGAACACUUCGAAUUCGACGAACAAUCAGGAGAAGAUGGGUCCUGUGUCAUCCAUGAUCUAGCUUCUAGCAAGGGGUUGAUUGAAUUGAAUAUAGUCAAUGCCAUUAUAACCGUUGCACAGUUGCGUAGGAUCAUCAGUUCUUCUUAUUUCUCCAAGCUAAGGAAACUUUUUGUUAGUAGAUGUGAUACAAGUAAACAUGAUGAUGAAGCAGUGCAAUUCUUCAAUACUGCAAGAAUGUCUCGAAAUGUCAGAAUAAUAAUAUGUGGUGAAUUUGAGUAUUGA